AUGAUUGUGGGCACAGAAAGCUCAUUUGCAGCACGGUGCGGUGUUGUUUUGCGCUUAUCUCUUUGCUUCAUCCUUGUUUUUGCCUUGGACGCAACCUGCGUCGAUGCACAUAUCAUCGGUGCUGUGUCUUGGCAAUAUGGUAAUGAUGGUUUGGGCGGAAGGACUUUAUUUACACCGUAUUUGUCUGAUAAUGGGAAGGUCCUGGGCUUUCUAGAGAUUGGCAUGGGCACGGAUGUGCUAAUACUACGAAACGUCAAUGGAACCAUUGCGGCAGAGACCACGGAUAGCGCAGUGCAGGAGUGCGGAGAGUCCACAGGUGUUUCCUUGUUCAAUGGGGGGCCAAAAAUUUUCAUAUUCUGUGGAGGCAGAAACUUGUUUUUAAUAGUGAUCUUGGGUGGGAGAAUUGAGCCUCUUUAUGUGAUAAGGAUUCAAACUGAGUCCAGUUUUUACUCACCUUCGUCAUCUUCUCCAACCCCAUUGGUGCUUGUUCGCGGCACAAUGUCGGACUCACGGACGGAUGCCGUGCUGGCGGUGUCCAGCAAGGAUGAUAUGAGCUGCAUUGGUCAAUACACACCCGAGAAUAAUUUUGUUCUGUGCGAUGCCGACCCCAUUCUGGACUUCUACUUCCCAACAUGGGUACCCAGUACAAGGGCAAGACCGAAUCCCGACAGAUAUUUAAUUAUUGAAAGGAAGUCACAGUCAGGCCUAAGGCUGGACAGUUACUACCUGCCACAUUUUGCAUCUGGCAGCACACCCAACGUGACGGCUACUUUGGAUUUUGUUGAUAAAUCCAAAGUAUUACACUCUAAUCUGAAUGAUGACAGCACCGCCAAGCCUCUUAUCGCAUACGUGCAGGGAACCAUGACACAGACAUUGAAAUUAGCCGUCGUUGUCUUUAACGCCCUUACGUUGGAGAGGACAGCAUUUGGAUCUAUCGAAACUGGUGUCUCCUGCAAGGAACCUUGUAUUUUGACUCAAGCUUACAUGGUACAAUGCAACAAGAAAAAUUCCUUGAUAGUGCAAACAUCGUCGUUGUUGCUAAAUUUGGAUUACAAUACCUUGAAGGGGGAAGGUACCCCAUUGUGGAUAGUGAGCGUUUCAACGCCCGCGGGUCUGCUUUUCAUGCCUUUGCGGGACUUGAACGAUAGGAAUACAGAGUGGCAUCGUCGAAUGUUGUCACCAUCUUAUACGGAUUAUAAUCCAUAUCAUUAUAUUAAAGCGACAGAAGUUCAGUUCAUUGUGUCCGCGGAAAAUAUUACCGUAUUAAGUGUUUCAACUGGAAAGACAACCUUAAGCUUCAAUCCGCUGUGGAAGGGAUCUGCAUUCUGCAACAGUAAUGAUCGUAUGGCUGCCUUCACAGUUUUUGAUGGCUUCCUGGCUUACUUGGGAUGCGAGGGCAGUGGGCACUACAGCUUGGUUGAUCCUUCCUCUCACAAGGCAUACUACCCAAUUGCAUGGCCUUCCAUGAGCACAUUUGGGAUUACACCAUUUGGAUAUAGUGUUGAUCAACAUUCUGUAGUACUAUCCAAUGGAACUAGGGUUGUAGGUCUUGAUUUGAAUCCGUUGUUGCUUUAUAGUGAAUCUGUUUUGAUACAACAAGAAGCUCUCUCGGCUGGCGCGUAUGAUCGUGGUCGAUUUUCCCUGGUGGCAGCUAACGCCUCAUCGCCUAAAGAGAUGCUCUUUUAUUUUUACGUCUAUGAUAAUACUGGUACUGCUGGGGGACGCGAUCCUUUUCCCCCUACCGCCGAACCAGUAUCUCUUUCGACUAAUACGACUCUUUUUGAACCUUUUACCGUAUUUUUUGGUGAUAGAAAGCGUUACAUUGCCGUCUCAGCCACUCCAGGAGUCCUUUCCAUCUUUGCAGCACGUGAUGGUACACAUGUGACUAACUUGAACCUCACUGCUUGUGCUCCAGAGGAACGGAAUCAGGAGGCUGGUGCAAUAACGUUUAUGAAAACUGUACAACAUCUUGGCAGUCAAGAUAAUUAUUAUGUUGUGUUUGGUGGGACGGAGACGUGUCUGUUCGAGGUAAAUGAUACUCUGGUGCUUCGAAUUAACAGUUUUCAGGGAGCUCAAAAAGGUAUUUUGUUUGGAACAACAACCUACAGUGGGUAUAAAUUUGACCCUAAACCCAGAAAAUUGGAGGCCUUUACAAGCUUUUUUGACACCGCAUCCGUGCCAGUGUAUCAGGAAGAUGGUAUUGAUGCUUAUGUUGUGGGACCAAAUGUAUUUGUGUAUGUGAAGGCAGAGAUGAUCACCUGCCGAAGCGUUCGAAGCAAUAUCAAAAUCUGGUCACAGGCACUUCCUGAGCAGUUUCAAGCACCGGUUGUGCAUAUGGCCUACUACAACAACACCGUGUUUGUGGUAGACGAGCGUACCUUUUUUCGUUUUGACGUUCAGUAUCAUGAAGAUAGCUAUACUGCUUCACGGGUGCUUCUACAAGUGCCUGUGGCUGAUGUUGAGGCCACUUUGUUUGCAGCUGCAGUUAAUGAAGGUACUGUUGUUCUCUAUUCACAUUUAAAACUUUUUGCAUAUGAUGCCGCAACCGGGGUAUCCCUCUGGGAAACCAAGCUGCAGACAAUGCCGGUGCCUGGCAACGCCAAAGUAGAAGUUGUUAUUUACUCACCAGAAGAUGCAGGUGGCAGUAAAGGUGAAGCUACUGGCCCUGCAUACGUUGAGGUACGCGUAACUGUUGAACCGCUGGAAAAUGAAUUGCGGCUAACCAUGGUGGAUAUAUACUCGCUAAAUGACGGAGCUUUGUUAAAAAGUAUCUCUAAUGCGCUCAAUGAUAUCAGUGGUCCUGUCAUUUGGGGUAACAAGUACAACACUUUUUCAACGCUAAGCAAUGGGUUGGUGAGCUUUCGUGCUUUUGACCUUCCCAAAGUGAAUAUUCCAGAACAAGCCAGACGCUCUGCAGAUUCGGCUACGGAUGUGUAUGUACCAGGAGAGUCACCAAUUGUGCCACCGCCACCGCCUUUACCGCGUGGCGAUAAUUUUAUGGCGACUGCUCCUCCAAUGACAUUCUCCGUAAGUGGUGAUGCCGCGUUGAUUUCAGCUGAUUGCAAACGAGGAGUUGUAGGAAAACUUGAACACAUGAACGCCACGUAUGAGUACAACGUGCGAUGCUUCAAUGUGAAUGAUCCACAGGGGACGCCAAUACGUGCGUGGGCAUUUCAGUCAACGUUGUCUCCGCCCCACAUCACAUUCAUGGAAUUUAACGAAAAUAACUUUGCCAUUUUUUCACAUAGCCGAGUGCAGUUUUACUCGUGGUCAACUUGUGAGGAAGUUGGGGAAUCCAUUAUGUUAAGUGGUGUUCUGGAUGGCGUACCAUCUUAUGUAAGUCUUGGAGAUCAAAACAAAUGGAUCUUUCUUAAUGGCUUUCAAGUAGUUGCCUUGGACCUCUCUACAGGGAGGGAAAAAUGGCAGACAGGUGUCAAGAGCUGUCUUUCAAUUCGACAUCAAGGGGGCUAUAUUAUCUGUGAUGGUGGUUCAAAUUUUGCGGUGCUACACGCCGAUUCAGGUACAAUUUUGAUUAAAGAUGCUUUAGAAGGCGGUAUCACAACCGCAGGAAAGAACUUUGCCGGUGUGGUGCGUGGCUCACGUGGAUAUGAGGCUGUGUACUACUCAGGGCCGGAAAAAUUGUUUGAUUUUCCGAUUUCUUUUCCAGUGACUGCUGGUAGGAUGUUAGGGGCAAUUCCCGGAGCCUCUGACAAUAAUGUUGUUGUGUUAUUUGACAGGAUGGCGACCUCUAUAACGUUUGAUUCCGCUGCGAAGACGGCGUCACUAGUGUGGGUCAGUGACCUACACGGUGAACAUGCACGACCUAGCGCGGCUGUUUACACUGGGGCUGAGAAGGCUAAUAUUGUUAUUGGGACUAAAAAUGGUCUGGUGAUGCUUGACACUAAAACAGGAAAGGGGUUGGUGAAUAUUUCUUUACCGAUACGCUACAUGGAAGACACUAAUGAGGUGCAAAUGCUAAAAAUGGUGAUGGUGAAAGAGGGCACACUCUAUGGCUUUUCAUGGAAUGGUUAUGCGGUUUUGAUUCGCAUAGGCCCAAAUAUGGCGGAUGCAUUCUUUGCCUUUGGGCUUGGCCUCAAGCGUACGUCACAGAUUUCAUUCUUAAAGAAAUUGUUGGUAGUCAGCGGAGGAGGCUCAGCUGGGUUCUUGCCUGUGGAGAAGACAUAUUGGGGAGCACCUCUGCUGGCCACAGGCAUGGCUUCCGUUGGCUCGAAGGUUUUUAUGGCGGGCUGGGAUUGGACAAAUGAUACGUCUGUAAAUGUCGUUGCCGUUACCACUGAGGGAGAGAGGUCAACUCUUUCAAUACCCAAAGAAACUUCCAUUCAGUCCUCAUCCAUGAAUAAUGCUGUUGUCUUUUUUGGUGAGAACACUAUUAUUUCUAUUGAUGACUUGAACAGAACCAAUAUAAACUUUCCUAUUCCCCAAGUCUGCAACGGAACGAAACUAAAGAAAGUUUCACGCGGUGAUUCCGCAAAUGGUGCCUCUCUGGUGUGGUACUCUGGCAAAGCCCGUGAUUGUAUCUUUGUUUUGGGCACAGAAGGCACACCACCCACUUUCUUGUCAGGUAUUGUCACGAAAUUCAAUGAUGUGGUAAAUGUUCGCUACGGCACCAGUUUUGGCGUGCUCACCUCAACCCAAAUUUUGGUGUUUAUCCACGAUGGAACCUUUAUUGGAGCCGUUGACUUGAAGAACCCAUUUUACAUGUCGUCGGUGUCUUCUAGCGACAGCGGCGAUGGAAUCUUUGUGGUAAUAUCGGGUGAAAAUGUUGUCACGUGCUUUCAGGUAAGUGGCUUACUAAGUGUCUGGAACUAUACACUACCCUCAGCGUCAAGAGCCCCAAUCACUUACUACAAUGGAGGCAUUUUUAUUUCUACCGAGAAAGGACCUUUAUUCUUGACUCUGGCAGAGCUUUCCUAUCCGUGUCCUGAUCGAGCCCUUUUUAAUGUCACGCGUCUUCCCGUGGAGGGUCGAUCUACGCUGCACACAAAGGUGGUGGUGGAUGAGGAAUACGCUAUUGCAUUUGUCACCACCUAUCAGACGUUUUAUGCUUUUGAUGCAUUGACUGGGGAAUUUAUUUGGCAGCGACCAGACCUAUUUGCAGUGAAGGACGUUGCUGUGAUUCAGGAGGGCAUGGUGGUGUUUGUUAGCACCGAAAGAGGUGGUGUGUUUCUAAAUCCGUUCACAGGGGCUUCGUUAUUGUAUGUUCCCAGUGCUGGAUUGUGGAGCGGUGAGAUUUAUCUUUCUCCUGAUAAAACAGUUAUGGGCUUUGGUGGUGUGAUGGCAACCGCAAUUGAGAUAAGCAAGUAUGCACACUUCUUCAGUGGGGUGAGUGCAAACCGUCCUAGGCGUCCAGCACCAGUAGCAUACAGACCGUACAACUAUGGUCCUGAUGACCGUCCGAAUGAUUGCUCCAAACCAGACGCAGGAGGGAUGCCUAUCAACACGGGUUUGUCUUCGGUCUGGGUCUCUGCAUCACGCUACGGACUAAAAAAGGCCACACAAAGUGUUCUUUCCAUGACACCUGGACAAAGGAGUGGUUGGGUUGCCUCCUUGAGCGAGCACACGGUAUACAUUGCGCGUGCCUUGGACGGUACUUUUGAGGAGGUCACACGUUUUACUUUGAAUGAAACUGGAUGUGGCGUCUUAAACCUGUAUGCCAUCAAUUCAGAGAGUGCCUAUGUAAGUGUUAAGUGUGCCACACAGAUAUAUUUCUAUAACACUUCAGGAGCACAAGUAGGGAUGGGGGGGCGUGCGGCGAAGAACAGCAUUUCCGUUGUUGUAAAAGGCAAUGGAUAUUUUGUGAAUAGCGACAAUGUGAUUGACGCCGUGAGUUUGACGAGCUUCCAACCACUGCCUACGUCUCCUGGUAAGGCCAAGUGUACGACGAAGUUCGACCUUCUUGCCGCUCCUCGACUGGAGCGUCUCCUCUUGGUUUGCCCCGGUGUGGGUAUUCAAAUCUUGGAUUGCACAACGCUGACACAAAUUGGUAGUACAAUUACCGCUGGAAGUGCUCGAAAAAGUUUUACAACGUAUGAAGUGGAUGAAAAUCUUGGUAUGGCCGUCGCUUGUGGUCAAGAUGCCUCUGAUGUGUACAUGGUGGCAUUUAUGUUGAAGACGGCAGAAAAGGUUGUAGUGCAUAAUGAGGUAGUCAAGGGCACCCCUUUUUGUGGUGUUAGGUAUCCUGCAUACCCAAGCAACGCUGAUCCGGUGAUUGUUUUCGCCUAUCUGAAUGGCUACAAGACCUGGGCCGUAAAAGGUGGGCAGCUCAAGCUGUCGGAGGUGAUUACCAAUGCGUAUCCUGCAGCCAUUACAAGUCAUGGAGUGAUUUAUCACAACACGGGUUACGAUUACUAUUUCCGUGUUUACGGAGGUUCUAGUAGUUCUUUUUUGAUCCGUGGAGGGUCAAAGCCAACGGGAAGUAUGGUUAUAAAAGGAGCGGAUGGUUUUCAAGUUACCCCGUUGGCCAUCAUCUAUGGAAAUGGAUUCACUUUUGCCGUUGAUACCUCUGUAGGAAGGCCCACAGCUUGUUGGGAUGAUAAUGGCAUGAUUGAGCUUAAACCUGCAACACGUUUCAUUUCCUUCCCUCCGUUUGUUUACACGACAGUCAAUAACAUGUUUGUGGGGUUUAUGGUUGCCAAUGGUUCGUUUGGUGUUCAAGGAUAUUUUCGGAUGGCUACGGCCCUGGUAGAUAACGAACAGCGUGUGUUUCUGUCUCAAUUAAAAACAAUCGGUUGUAUGAGCAUGGAUGGCCGAGUGUUAUGGAAUGUUGGGAUUUCGAAUACGGAUACUCAAUAUAUCGCAUUCAGUCCCGUUGUGCUGAGUAAUUCCGACUUUGCUCUCGUGUCUGGUGGGGUGCGUGCAGCGGCAGUAAUCAACAAACGAACUGGGGAAGUUGCGAGGGCAAUUAUAUUUGAGAGGUGCAAAGUUUCUCCAGACUCUCCUGAUGCUCAGGUGAUUGUUAAUGGAACUCUUGUGUACAUUGGAAUGCGUGGAUGGUCAUGUGUGCAUAUUGUUGACCUCAAUCUGCAAAAUACGAGUGGCAAUAUUACAGGGUCGGAGGUAAAAAUAUUGGAGGUGGAAGGAGCCUUAACUGGGCUCGUUGAAGGAUAUCCGCUUUUGGCUAGGGUGGGGUAUGCGAAUCACUUGGUUCUCGCGAUGGGAUCCACUGAUGAUGACAGUGAAAAAAUAAAUAUUGCUGUGUACCGCGUCGAUGACGUUUCCUCUUCUUCGUGGACGCGGCUUUGGAUGAAGCCUGUGCGACUUGACUUGGGUUCUGUCUCCACCUAUGGUUACUUUUUGUACACUGCUUCGGCUGGAGUACUGAACGUGUACGAUUUAUUGACGGGAAGAUAUGUUUGGGGGUAUAUUUUUAAAACCAGCAUUACAGGACCAGUUUUGGGUGCAGAUCGCACUUUGUAUGUGACCACGCAGGGUGGUCUUCAGUCGCUCCGUUCUCCGCUGAGCAUGCCCUGGUCCAUGCGUCUCAUGGGUAACGUUACCUUUCCACAGCGCAUGGCCAAUUUGCCAAUUACCACCGUUGGAUUGUUACGUACGGCAUAUGGGCAUAUUCUCUGCUCUAACGCUGGUGGUACAGUUGCCUAUACACAUGCACGUGAAGGCCCCGCAUCCAAAUUGGCUUGGUAUACAGAAAAGUCUAUCGCUCGCUUUGGUGAGUCAGCUUUGAACGCUACUGCAGUGAUUGGUUUGUUUGACGCAGAUGGUGGCACAGGGGUUUUGGAUCUGACGUCUGGUAAGAUGCUGUGGUUGAGCGGUGUCUACCCGUCUGACGGCGUCACCAAUGGUGUCGCAUCAUCUGGAGCCAAAUUCUUUGUCUGCUCAUUUGCCAUGAAUGAUCCGACGUGUCGAAGAGUUCCCGUGUCCUUUAUAGCUCCUCGCAACGCUUUGCCAUUGUACCGCUAUGAGUCGGAGCCAACUGAAACGACACCGCCCCAUUGGAUACCUAUUUAUCCUGAGGGUGGUGGUUCCAGACCGCUACAUCCAUCACCGCGCUGCGUAUCCAUGAUGCACGCCUACAUUCCUUCGUUUGCCGACUGUGUUAACAAGGCCAUAGCAACCAUUUACACGAGCGGUAGAAGAACGAAAUUAGAAUGCCCUGAUUCCCUCCUGUUAAUUUAUGCUUGCCAACCACUCUUGCAGGAGUUGGUGGACGCUUGCCCUGAUGUUGCUGCAAGUAUAAUGGAAAAUUGGAAACAAAAAACAUUGGACAAGACCUCCCCCUUGGGUCUGUGCGAACCCACAGAGGCAGAGGUGCGCUGUGACACGACAAAUAAGUCAAAAUUAUCUGAUACCUGCAACAUGGUGGGCAUGACGUUUAUAGUCAACGGCUACGAAAACCCAAUUGGCUACACACUUGGCUACAUACUGCCUGCAUUUCCCUUCCCUGGAAAACCGAAAAAUGUGAACGUUGCCGCUGUUGUCUUCGGGGUGAUAGCGGCCCUUGUCGUCGUUGCUAUUGGGGCGGCAGUGAGCAUGCACUUCUAUCGGAAAAAGAAGAAGGUGCGGGACGCACGCUUCUUUGAUGACGACGUGAAUGCCUCCCUGCUCGGCAGCGAUAUGAAUGAUCAGCCAAUGAAGAUCAUCUCCAAGUCAAACUAUGCGUUCAGCUCAAAGGAAGAUUCAAUUGACGUUGAUGGUGCGUCGCCACACGCGGAUCAACCAAAACAACCUCCACCUCAGUCAUUUCCACCGCCACACAGCGGCGGCGUCUCUGCGCUGCAACGAGCUGCGGCAGGGGGGACUCCCGAGCGUGCGGCACCAGCAUUAGCCGCCGGACCUAAAAAGAUGCCUUUCAAAAUGCCGGGUAAAGUGCCCCCGGCGAAGGGACCUGGCCCUAAACUGCCGCCGCCAUCUGCAGUGGCAAAAAAAAUGGUGAAUGAGAGCCCAUUCAUUGACGAUGACUUGUAG